AUGCCGUUCGUGCGCUACCGAAAGGUCGUGAUCCUGGGAUACCGCUCGGUCGGUAAGACAUCUCUUGCUCACCAGUUCAUUGAUGGGGAAUUUCUGGAAUGCUAUGACCCCACUGUGGAAAGCACUUACAACAAAAUGUUGAUGGUGGGAAAGGAUGAAUUCCACUUGCAGCUUGUGGACACUGCGGGACAGGAUGAAUACACUAUCUUGCCUCACUCGUUUAUCAUUGGCAUCCAUGGCUAUGUGCUGGUCUAUUCUGUCACAUCUCUCAGAAGUUUUCAGGUGGUGAAGUCCCUACACAGCAAGUUAUAUGAAAGCAGAGGGAAGACAAGGAUGCCUGUAGUGCUUGUUGGCAAUAAAGCUGAUCUGUCAUUAGAAAGUCGUCAGGUAAAGACAGAUGAAGGCCGGAAACUGGCUGAUUCAUGGGGUGCUGUGUUCUUGGAAUCCUCAGCAAAAGAAAACCAGAUGACUCAAGGUGUCUUCACAAAGGUCAUUGAAGAAAUUGAUCGUGUGGACAAUUCCUAUGGUGAACAGCGCAACUGCACCAUAAUGUGA